AUGUCUGAUAAGGUGCACAUCUCUGGCCUUCAAGGUACAGCCAUCGUUGGCCAUGACCACUGGCAGAAGCCUGUUCCGCAACCCAUAGUUAUCGAUGUGACGUUUAGUACUGACUUUGCCCAGGCUCUGGACGCAGAUGAUCUUCACUUUUCGUUGAACUACGCAGUCAUCUCAAACAAGAUAGCACGCUAUCUCACCAGCACACAUCAGCGUAAUUUCCACUCGCUCGGCGGCCUUGGACAGGCUCUUAUGAGCGAACUAGCAGAUGAGCGUGCCGCGUGCUCAGCCGUGAAUCUUAAGGUUGCCGCUCCAAAGUUGGACAUACGUUCUGUUGUAAGCUACUCCUCAAGCAUAAUAGAGUCAGAGGCCAACACAGAUGCUAAAGAAAACUCGAGCAGCUUCCCUGUUGAGGGGGUUUAUCGUAUUGAAGGCUUGCGUGCAUUGGCAUUGAUCGGUGUCUUUACUUUCGAACGCGAGGCCAAACAGUACGUCGUUGUGGAUGUGGACAUGGGUGUCAAAGGGCACUUGGAUGUAUCUCGCAUUUCGGAAGGAUUGCAUCUGUUCCUCGAGAGAACCAAUUUCAAGACUGUCGAAGCGCUUAUCAAGGCAUGUGCGCAGUGGGUUCUACUGUUUGCUCCAGAAACCAACUGGGCUGCAGUCCGUGUGGCCAAACCCAAUGCCAUCGUAUACACCGACAGCGUUGGCGUCUCUGGAAAAUACACGCGGGCGGACUUUGCGGACAUGCUGAAGACUGGCCUUGAAUCACCCGAGUCUCCGUAUGGAGCAAAAUCUGCCGCGGAUGCGAUUAGCACCACGCCGUUCGAUCUUCCGGUAACUUCUCCCACAUCGUUUUCGGGACAGCAUACGGUGUAUGUUGCCUUUGGUUCCAACGAGGGCAGUCCUACUGCCAACAUCGCACGUGCGUUGCAACUUAUUAAUGAUCAUCCCCAGAUGCAUGUGGACGCUGUGCUGGCGCUAUAUGUCUCCAAGCCCAUGUACGUCACGGCCCAGUCAGAUUUCUAUAACGGCGUUGCCAGAGUGGUGGUUCGCGACAUGGCACCGCACGAUGUGCUCUCAGCGCUCAAGCAUAUCGAGUACAACGAGCUUUCUCGGGUCAAGGUUGUUGACAACGGUCCACGCACCAUCGACUUGGACAUUGUGCUCUACGGCAAGGCGUGUGUCAACACACAAGACUUGAUUGUGCCGCACCGUGCCAUGCUCCUGCGCACGUUUGUGCUUGCGCCGCUCUGCGAGCUUCUCCCGCCCGAUUUUGUGCAUCCUGUCACUGCGGAGCCGGUGCAUGAUCACUGGGCCAAGUUGCGUGCCACGCCUGCUGAUUCGGCCUUACAAGAAUCGCCGGUGCUCGAGCAAGUAGUGCCGGGAUCUGGAGAGCGCAGUCUCCGCCUUGGGCCGCAACGGGCAACGCACAUCAUGGCCAUUUUCAACGCCACGCCGGACUCGUUCAGCGACGGCGGCAUGCACUGCGACUUGACGGAAGCCGAGAUCCAGGCGGUGGCACGUGGAAUGGUGGAACAAGGCGCCACGAUCAUCGAUGUGGGCGGGUGCUCCACGCGGCCCGGCAGCACGCAGCCUUCAGCCGACGAAGAAACACGCCGUGUGGUUCGUGUGGUGCGGUCGAUUCGCGCCGCGCGCGACUUGGACUCGGUCCUUUUGUCCAUUGACACAUACCGUGCCGGUGUGGCACAGGCUGCGCUUGCGGAAGGUGCCGAUAUCAUCAACGAUGUUCUGAUGGGCACACACGACGCGGCCAUUUUCGACGUGGUGGCGCUGUCAGGCUGCGGCUACGUUCUCUCGCACUCUCGUGGAACGCCCGCCACCAUGGCGAAGCUCACAGACUAUUCAUAUUCGGGGGACGACAAUUUGGUCGAGUACUGGAUCGGCGCGCAAGAGGCAUUGCCCGAGACAGACCGCGCGGUGGUGCAAGGUGUGUGCCGCGAACUAGCGCGGCAGGUUUGUGCGGCCGAAGCGCGGGGCGUGCGCAAAUGGCAGAUGAUUCUUGACCCGGGCGUGGGCUUUGCCAAAAACACCCAACAGAACCUUUCGCUUUUGCGCCACGCGCUGCGUCUCAAGCAGUACGCCCAGCUCGAUACCAAUGCAAACCGGUACACGUCUUUCCAAGGCAUGCCUGUUCUUUUGGGCACAAGCCGCAAGAAGUUCUUGGGCGAGAUCACGGGCACUUCGCGCGCCGACGAACGUGUCGUGGCCUCGGCCGCUGCUGUCGUGGCCAGCGUGCAACAGGGCGCAGACGUUGUUCGCGUGCACGACGUGCGGGCGGCGCGCGAGGCAGCGCAGACGGCGGACGCCAUUUUCCGCGGCGUGCACUAG